AUCUCUCAAAAGCCUCCCUUUUUUUCUUAUUCUUCUCCAUUGUUGUCUCUUCCUAUAUAUAAUCCACAUCUCUGCUUUCUCUCCUUCGUGUUCAAACCCGGAGAUGGCAACCAGCAAAGCCGAAGGCAAGAGGAGGCUAAUGGAGUUGGAAGAAGAGGAAGAUCAAGAAGAAGACGAAGAUAACACCACCGGUGACGAUGAAAAGAAGAAGAGAGGGAAGAGAGGAUACUCCGGCGGGUCAACCCUACCCGCCUGCCAGGUCGAGGACUGCCCUGCCGACAUGACCGACGCCAAGCGCUACCAUCGACGGCAUAAGGUCUGCGAGUUCCAUGCCAAGGCUCCCGCCGUUCGAGUUGCUGGGAUCCAUCAACGCUUUUGCCAACAAUGUAGCAGGUUUCAUGAAUUAUCAGAGUUCGAUGAAGCGAAAAGGAGUUGUAGAAGGCGUUUGGCCGGACACAACGAACGACGUCGGAAAAGCUCAUCUGAAUAUCAUGAAGAAGGAUCGAAUUAUUAAGUAGCUUGAAGGCAAGCUUAUGAUACUUCAUAACUCACCCUCGAAUUUACUAUGAAACCUAUAUAUAGGAAGGCCUUCACCAAUGCUCAUCUAAGAUGAAUUUUAGAUGUAAUGGUUUGCUCUCUCUCUUCUGUCAAUCUGAAUUAUGCACCUUUUCUUGCUAGCUCUGCAAGAAAAUCUAUCUUUAUCUAUGGAAAGCCUUUAUAUA